AUGAUGCAUCCUCGUUUGCUUUUUUUUUCUUCUUUUCUUUUCUCUUCUUCAUUUCUUUUGUCCAUUUCUUUUUUACCCCGCUUUUUUCUGCUUUUCAUUUCUUUUCUCUAUCUAUCUAUCUAUCUAUCUAUCUGUCUGUCUGUCUGUCUGUCUGAUUUUGUUCAUAUCUAUCUACGUUCAUAUAUAUCUAUCAAUUUCAUUCAGUCUAUUCAUAUCUAUCUAUCUAUCUAUCUAUCUAUCUAUCUUAUUCUGUUCAUAUCUAUCCGUCUCAUUCUUCUAUUCAUAUCUAUCUAUCUAUCUCUAUCUAUCUCUCUCUUUCUCUCUCUCUAUCUUAUUCUGUUUAUAUCUAUCUAUCUAUCUAUCUAUCUGUUUGUCUCAUUCUGUUCAUAUCUAUCUGUAUUCAUAUAUAUCUAUCAAUCUCAUUCUGUUUAUAUCUAUCUAUCUAUCUAUCUAUCUAUCUAUCUAUCUUCAUAUCUACUAAGAAAAGUCAUAUCUACCUCUGCCUUUCCUCCAUUCAUCCUCUCUCCCUCUCUGUCUCUCUCUCUCUCACACACUCACUCUCUCUCUCUUUUACCCUUGUAA